CUACUACACAACAACAAAGCAGCGGUAUGAAGCUCAUUGCUACGACUCUCCUCCUGGCGGCUGCCAUCUCGAACGUUGAAGCCCACGGGCGCCUCGUCAAGCCGCCCCACCGCGGCUACAUUGGCAAGUUGCCCCAGUUCAAGGACUACGUCCCCACCGACUAUUCCGACCACGGCCUCAACGGCGGUGGCAUCGAGGGGACGAAGGGUGGUCAGCACGGAAUCUGCGGCGACCCGUACAACGGCAACCGUGCCCACGAGACUGGCGGCGUGUAUGGCCUCUUCCCGACCCACGGCGCCAAGGUCAUUGGCGAAUGCUACGCCCCCGGCGCCACGGUCGACCUCCAAGUUCAGAUCACGGCCAACCACAAGGGCUACUUUGAGUUUGGCCUUUGCAAACUCAACAGCAAGGGCGACAAGGAGACCGAAGAGUGCUUCCAGACGCUGUCGCAGCCCAACGGUGAGAAGCAGUGGCAGCUCCCCGCCGGUGCCGACUUUUUCAAGAUGCAGUACAAGCUGCCGUCGGACGUCAAGUGCGACGGUGACUCGCACUGCGUGCUCCGGUGGUGGUACGUUGGUGGCAACAACCCGGGCGUCGGCAUCAACGGCCAGGAGCAGUUUUGGAACUGCGCCGAUAUCUACAUCAGCGACUCGUGCGGGUCGGACCCGAAGCCGUCGCCAAGCAGCCAGCACCCGACGCCGGCACCGAGCUCAGCCAAGCCUACAUCGGCGCCCUCGGACGCCCCUACGUCCAAGCCGAGCAACGUGCCCAGCCCGACGACCGAGGAGCCGUGCGAUCCGACAACGGCAAAGCCUAUCCCCUCGAAGACACCGUCGCCCAAGCCGACGUCCAAGACGCCCGUGCACCCCACGACCAAGCCCACGGUGAAGCCGACUACCAAGCCAACGUCCAAGCCCAACUCGGGUGGCGGUAAGAAGGUCUGGGAGCAGUGCGGUGGCAAGGACUACACGGGCAGCACGGAAUGCGUCGGCGGCAGCACCUGCGUCAAGCAAGACGAGUGGUACUCGCAGUGCGUGCCCAAGCGCCUCCGUUAAACCGACUACGUAUGUGCGUAAUGUCAGC